AUGAAUAGUUUCAUCGAUAAGUUGCAGACUGAUAGGGUACAAUUGCAUGAGGAAAUGUCAGGCUUUAUGUCACAAUGCCGUGACUUGAUUCUUGGUUUUCACAUUCUCACACCAAAUGCAGGUGAAAUAACACAAGGCUUUGCAAUAGCUUUGAAAUUUGAUGCGAAAAAAGCCGAUUUUGAUCGAUUAAUCGGUAUUCAUCCAACUGUUGCCGAAGAGGAAAGGUCAGUUAUUCCGUUGCCGGGAAUCGAACCCGGGCCUUGCGGGUGA